AUGCAGUGGAAGUCACGUUCGCGAAUGAUGCCAAGAGGUCACACUGGGGCGGGUCGCACCGCGGGUACAAUAUCUACCCCUAUCCAAAUCAAUCCUCCGGCACAUGCAUCAACUCCUAUCCAAAUCUUGCUAGAUUCGCUCAUCACAAUGGUAUUUCAAUAUGCCAUCCUCUGGGCUUACCUCCUCGCGUACAUCAAUCUCGUCAACAAUGCAUUGUUCCAUUCCUGGACCGGAGUGGGCCUUGUCGUCAGCAUGGCGGCAACCUGGCUUUUCGCUGUCGCCCUAGCACGAAUUCCAAUUACCCGCAGAAUGUGCCGAGAGGAUUUAUCCGGCCUUUCCAUACUAUGCUUGGUCUUUUGUGUAUUGUGGACACGCAUCUUAGUAUGGUACGAUCAUGGGACCGCGGAACCGGAGAUGGUGACAUGGGCAGAUGUUCUAAAACGAUUGGCCAUAUUUUUUGGUUCUACAUUGGCAUGGGCGUUGGAGUUCGUAGUCAUGUUAUGUUUCUGGGGGAAUUUGCAGUGGAAAGAUCCGAUAGCGACAUCUUGGCGGUUUAUCACCUUGGGCCCGGUGGAUGAGAGCGACCCGGAGAAUGAUCUGGACUUGUGUGUAUAUUCCUCACUGCUCCAUGAGGAUCCUGAUUUGUUGCCCUCGCAACUUGACGAGAAAGUUUUUACAUCCGAAGUCUGAAUGCUCACGGCAUUGGGCUAUCUCUUCUAGACCUGGCUCUUACAUAUCUUUCCAUAUCGCUACAUAUGUCGUAGGCACCUAGGAUGUGCGCCCCCAAUAAAGUCUCUUUCAAAUUCUCCAUAUUCAUUCCUCAUCAAACACUAAUUCAAUGCCUUCAUCCCUUGCAGCCGCUAUCGCGGCCUCUUGUCU